AUGGCUGCCGCCUUGGCACUGCUGGCACUAUGGAGGAUCGCGCUGGUAGCAGAGGCUGGAGAUGACCCGCUGAAGACUUGGCUCUACUCCCUCCAGCUUCAUUUCCCAGACUCUGAUGACAAGUCUACGGAAGAGGGUGGCACUACACAGAUCACGACUCACGACGUGGAGUGCCACAACGUGAAGUUUGACCGGAUUCGAACAUCGGAGGGCUAUCUCCUCGGAGAUCCCGGGCUUGAUGUUUACGUCUCUGGACUCCAGCUGGAGUGCAGCGGCAAGUGGAAGACGACCGGUACAGUGAGCUGGUUGGUGGUAGGCGAUGGCACCAUCACUGCAAAGCUCAAGGGCGACAAUGGGGCAAGGUUCAAAGCGGAGGUCAAGCGCCACUGGGGCCCCAUUGGCUGGAUCAAAAAUGCCCGCUGCGACAUGGAGCUGCAUUUCGACGUGUCCUUGGCCGGGGGCUUGGCCGUGAUGGUGGCCAAUGUCAUCCAGCGGAUGUUCUCCCCCUAUGUGAGCUCGUAUUUGGAGACGCAGAUUCAGACGAAGGCCUGCGCAGCCUUUGAUGAGCUCUUGAAGGAGAAGCUUCACAAGCCCAUCAAGUUCUUGAACAACCUCUUCUACCCACCGUAUUCGAGGUCACCCUUGUUUGCUUUCUCUGCCUCCUUGUCCAUGCUGGCGGCCUGUCGGGCCGCUGUCGUCAAGGUCUAUUUGGAUAGCAUCAAUCACGGCCUGGACCUGCGCCGCGCGCAUGGUAUAGAAAAGGGCUACAUGUCUUUGGCGAGAAGCUUGUGGGAGAUGUACCUGGACUUUAAGCGCGAGCAGAAGGAGCUCGGUGUGGGCCACUAUGAGGACAAGCGCUACGCUGAUUUUGUGGAAGCGCGGGAUUGGAACCAAGCUUUCAACGUGCCUCACGUGAAGUUUCGUACCUUCAGGCAGACAUGGUUCCUGAACCACCAGCACGGCAAAGAACCUGAGCCCUGGUGA